CUGAGCCCGGCUGUCAAUCCUUUCGCGCCUCGCAGCGCGGCGCAGCGCGGCGCAGUCCGGAGCGGCCUGUGGAGCAGUCUCGAAGCCUUCCUCACGGAGAAGAUGGCGGUCGCAGUGAGAACUUUGCAGGAGCAGCUAGAAAAGGCCAAAGAGAGCCUAAAGAACGUGGAUGAGAAUAUUCGCAAGCUCACCGGGCGGGAUCCGAAUGACGUGAGGCCCAUCCAAGCCAGAUUGCUGGCCCUUUCUGGUCCUGGUGGAGGUAGAGGACGUGGUAGUUUAUUGCUGAGGCGUGGAUUCUCAGAUAGUGGAGGAGGACCCCCAGCCAAACAGAGAGACCUUGAAGGGGCAGUCAGUAGGCUGGGCGGGGAGCGUCGGACAAGAAGAGAAUCACGCCAAGAAAGCGACCCAGAGGAUGAUGAUGUCAAAAAGCCAGCGUUGCAGUCUUCAGUUGUAGCUACCUCCAAAGAGCGCACACGGAGAGACCUUAUCCAGGAUCAAAAUAUGGAUGAAAAGGGAAAGCAAAGGAACCGGCGAAUAUUUGGCUUGUUGAUGGGUACCCUUCAAAAAUUUAAACAAGAAUCCACUGUCGCUACUGAAAGGCAAAAGAGGCGCCAGGAAAUUGAGCAAAAACUUGAAGUUCAGGCAGAAGAAGAGAGAAAGCAGGUUGAAAAUGAGAGGAGAGAGCUGUUUGAAGAGAGGCGUGCUAAACAGACAGAACUGCGGCUUUUGGAACAGAAAGUUGAGCUUGCGCAGCUGCAAGAAGAAUGGAAUGAGCAUAAUGCCAAGAUAAUUAAAUAUAUAAGAACUAAGACAAAGCCCCAUUUGUUCUAUAUUCCUGGAAGGAUGUGUCCUGCUACCCAAAAACUAAUAGAAGAGUCACAGAGAAAAAUGAAUGCUUUAUUUGAAGGUAGACGCCUCGAAUUUGCAGAACAAAUAAAUAAAAUGGAGGCUAGGCCUAGAAGACAAUCAAUGAAGGAAAAAGAGCAUCAGGUGGUGCGUAAUGAAGAACAGAAGGCGGAGCAAGAAGAGGGUAAGGUGGCUCAGCGAGAGGAAGAGUUGGAGGAGACAGGUAAUCAGCACAAUGAUGUAGAAAUAGAGGAAGCAGGAGAGGAAGAGGAAAAGGAAGUAGGUAUUGUUCAUAGUGAUGCAGAGAAAGAACAGGAGGAGGAGGAACAAAAGCAGGAAAUGGAGGUUAAGAUGGAGGAGGAAACUGAGGUCAGGGAAAGUGAAAAGCAACAGGAUAGUCAGCCUGAAGAAGUUAUGGAUGUGUUAGAGAUGGUUGAGAAUGUGCAAAACGUAAUUGUUGAACAGGAGGCGAUGGAAACUAAUCAAGUUGAAAGUAUAGAACCUUCAGAAAAUGAAACUAGCAAAGAAUUGGAGCCAGAGAUGGAAUUUGAAAUUGAGCCAGAUAAAGAAUGUAAAUCUCUGUCUCCUGGGAAAGAUAAUGUUAGUGCUCUAGACAUGGAAAAGGAGUCUGAGGAAAAAGAAGAAAAAGAAUCUGAGCCCCAACCUGAGCCUGUGGCUCAGCCUCAGCCUCAACCUCAACCUCAGUCUCAGCCCCAGGCUCAGCCCCAGCCUCAAUCUCAGUCCCAUCCUCCAUCUCAGUCCCAGUCCCAGCCAGUACUCCAGUCCCAGCUUCCCUCUCAGCCUGAGGCUUUGCCAUUAGCUGUUUUACAGCCACCACCCCAGGUGAUUCAGGAGCAAGGGCAUUUACUACCUGAGAGGAAAGAGUUUACUGUAGAGUCUGUAAAACUCACUGAGGUGCCAGUAGAGCCGGUCUUGACAGUACAUGCAGAAAGCAAGAGCAAAACCAAAACUAGGAGCAGAAGUAGAGGUCGAGCUAGAAAUAAAACAAGCAAGAGCAGAAGUCGAAGCAGUAGCAGUAGUACUUCUAGUAGCAGUUCUACCAGUAGUAGCAGUGGAAGCAGUUCCAGUAGUGGCAGUAGUAGCAGUCGAAGUACUUCCAGUAGUAGUUCCAGUACAAGUGGCAGCAGCAGCAGAGACAGUAGCAGCAGCACCAGUAGUAGUAGUGAGAGUAGAAGUCGGAGCAGAGGCCGGGGACAUAAUAGAGACAGAAAGCACAGAAGGAGCGUGGAUCGGAAGAGAAGGGAUACUUCAGGACUAGAAAGAAGUCACAAAUCUUCAAAAGGUGGUGGUAGUAGUAGAGAUACAAAAGGAUCAAAGGAUAAGAAUUCUCGGUCCGACAGAAAGAGGUCUAUAUCAGAGAGUAGUCGAUCAGGCAAAAGAUCUUCAAGAAGUGAAAGAGACCGAAAAUCAGACAGGAAAGACAAAAGGCGUUAAUGGAAGAAGCCAGGCUUUCUUAGCCUAUUCUUUGCAGCAGAAGAUUUCUUGAUGAGUAAAAGGAUUACCUUUCCUUGUAAGGAGGAUGCUGCCUUAAGAAUUGCAUGUUGUAAAAAAUCUUUUUGGAAAAUACAGACUGUUUGUUUACCAGACAUUCUUGUACUUUUUGCAUAAUUUUGUAAGAGUUAUUUAUCAAAAUUAUGUGAGGUUCCAAAAUAUGUAAAAAUAAUAAUAAUAAAAAAAGAUUAACAUCC